AUGGCCAUCGGCACAAUGAAAUCACCUCACAUGCCUGACCUUCACAACUUACCUGACCUUGUUACUGACAAAAUCCUUCAACUCCUUCCGACUAAAGCCGCCUUCCAGGUGAGCUUUCUUUCCAAGAAUUGGCAAGGUGUAGUCUCUUCAUGGCCUUCACUGAAUUUUGAUGAGGACGAUGAUUUCGACCGCCACCACCUUAAACGUCACAGUCACUACCAACUUCAACUUCAACACAUAAGGUUCAUCUACUUCUUGAAGGGGUAUUUGGAUUACCGCAAGAAGAACGACCAGAAAGAACCCCUAGAUAAACUAAGGCUUCACAUGAGGAUGUAUGAGCAUCAGGAUUUUUCUACCAUAACCAAAUGGUUGAAAUAUGCAUGUCAGAGAGGCCUCAAAGAGCUGGAUAUCAGUCUGGUGAGUGUUGACAGUGAGCGCCUGGUGGAAAUUUAUCCUUACAACUACUUUUACAACUUGCCUUUGGUCGCCAUUGCUACUGCAAAAUCUCUAACUAGUUUAAAGCUGGAGUUUGUGAAAGUUCUGAAACUCUGGCAAGUUUACGAGGGACUUUUUCCGUCUUUGAAAAUUCUGUCCUUGAAAGCUGUAAGGGUUGCUACUGGCCAACAUCUCUAUUCUGUUCUAUGUCAGUGCCCUUCCAUCGAGUCCCUCUCAUUAAGUAAUUGUUCGAUUGGAAAUUUAAAGUUUUAUGUUUGCUGCUCAAGUCUCAAGUACUUGGAAGUUAAGUCAUGCCUGCUUAAUGAUAUUCGAGUUGAUCACGCCUUCAAUCUCGAAUCUUUUACAUAUCUUUCACAGCCAUAUUCGGAAUGUGGAAAGAUGAUAUUGACUAAUGCCUUCAACUUGAAAUAUAUCAAUAUUUCUGUUGAUAAGUACCUCGGGGAAUUUUCUUUAUGGGGAUGCCAUAAUACACUAGAGGCCUCAAUCAAGUCCAAACGGAUCCAUAGGUUCAAGUUAUUUUAUGGUUAUUUGAAUGCCAAGCUUUCCUUUAAAGCAGAUCAGGCCACAAUUUUAGUUGGGGAGCUUUGGAGCCAAGAACAGUUCUCGUCAGAUUCAACAUACGUUCCCAGGCUGGUGAGCUUCAUUAAAAGUUUUAGCCGCUGCAAGGAAGUACGCCUCUACAAUAAAAAAGUUCAGGCUCUCACCGUUUUUAAAAACUAUAGAAAGAUGACCUCUUUGCCACCAUUGCCUGUAACUUCCACUUUGCUGGUGGGGAUACCGAACCCACCAGUAGUAGGAAGUAGAGACUUUAUAGAAUUGGAGGACUCGUUGCGAUGGAUUGCACCUUCUGCAAAGGUGUUGAUCAUGCAGGUGGAUGCUGAAGAAGACAGAAAGUAG